AUUUCCGGGAGGGACGGGAAGCGCAGGCACCAAGGUGGGAAGGCUGUACGGCCUUAUCGUAGAUGUGCUGUGUGCGGUUCUACGGCAUAGGACGGCGCUACAACCCCGAGGACUAGCGGAGAAUGACACCGAGGACGGGAAGCUCCGAGCGGAAGUGACAGUGUACCCGUAAUAAUGGCCCGCUGACUCCUCACUACUUACCAGGACUUGUCAGUCCAAAGGUUUUAAGAUGUCCCGUGUUCCCCUCGGAAAAGUUCUGCUAAGAAAUGUUAUUCGACACACGGACGCACACAACAAGAUCCAAGAGGAAACCGAAAUGUGGAAGAUUCGGGAAAUAGAGAAGCAAACAGAAACCGGUGGGACAAAGCGGAGGCGCGCUUCACCGGAUCAUAACCGAUGGGAUCACAAUGGUUAUAAGGAACUGUAUCCGGAGGAGUUUACUGAUAACAGUAGCCGGAUGAGAUCUGAUGGUUUUGAGGCUGAAGGAAGCCAAGAGGGUGUGAAAAAGAUCGCAGCGGAAGAGGUGACUCUGAGACCGAAUGCUCUGAGUGUUCGGGCCUUGAACAAGAAGUACUACCAGUGCGAGUCUACCAUUCCUGACAGGUGGGGACAUAGCGGCUAUAAGGAGCUGUACCCUGAUGAAUUUGACACAGACAGUGAUACAGAGGAAAAGGGAAGCAAAAGAGCCGCCAACGGAGAAGAGAAAUCUAGACGCAAAGAGCAGAAGGUGCAGGAAUCGCAUAAACGCAAACGGUCCAAAAAAACUCAUAAGAAAAAGCAGAAGAAGCGUUCGCAUAAAAAGCUGAAGAAGAGGAAAAAAGAACAGGACAGCACAGAAUCCUCCAGUGAAAGCGAUAGUUCAGACCAUGCAGAAAAGAAACCAAAGAAGUCCAAGCGGAAGAAGAAGACUCGGAAAAAGGCCUCAAAAAAGCAGCCAUCCUCAUCCGGACAAGACAGCGACACCUCCAGCAAUGAGAUGAGCAGCACGGAAGAUCAGGAGGAAAGAUGGACUGAAAAACCCAGUAGGAAACAUCACCGAAGAUCAAAGUCUAAAAAAGACCCCGAAACAGAAGCCAGGAAAGGCCGGAGGACCAACUGGAAAGUGGCCAAAGAGGAGAGCUCGGAGAGUUCUGAUGAGGACUAGUCACUCCACCUCAGACUGGUUUACCAUGUGGAAAACAAUAUCAAAUAGGGAUUGCUUGUUCUUAAACCAUUUCAUAAUGUGCAAUAUGACUUUUCUUUUCUCUAAAGAGAUAAAAAUAAUGAUGACUUCAUUUUUUGUAGUCAUAGCUACCGAGCGUUGGUGGUUCGAAUCUUCGGGUCAGGAGAUAUACAAAGGAUUCGAGGGCGGCAUGCGUUUCCUUCCUACAGCAAUUUUUUUUGUAGAAUUUUGUGCCGUGAAAUAAAUGUCAAGUAGAAGCUUG